UGAGCAUCUGUCAGAAAGUCAUAGAAAUUAUAGACUUUGCUGUUUGUACUUGGUAUUAUGCCUUGAGGUGGCUGUAGACCACAAGGAAAUACCUCAUAGUGGUCAACAAUUAACCCUUAAAAUCUGGGUGGUUUGUUGAAGCACAUUAAAUCAAUGUAUUCCAACUUGAGAUAGUACAAAACUAGACACUCAUACUGAGACUGACUAGACACAACACACAGGUCACUGAUGUUAAGACAGCAGCCGUGCGCCUUAGCAAGAGCACGUAACCUGAGCCUCAAUAAGAGUAUGAGACAGCCAGCGGGUUCAGAGGGUUAAGGUGAACGACAGCUGUCACAGGGUUAAUUAAUUAUCUGUGUAGUGAAGCGAUGUGAUAUUAAUGAAAUGACAAUCCAAACCUAAGCUAACUUGACCUAACCCUCUGAUACAAAUGGUAUAAUUUCUCACUAUCUUUUAUAUAUUUAUUUUAUGCUUUAUUUUAAAUUGUGAUAUACUCGUGAAGGGAUUAACAGUGAAAUUAAUGAAGGGAAUUACUCUAAACCUAACCUAAUCCUCAGAUGGAAAUGUUAGGCAUGUUUUAGUCACCUUACUCUGCCUGUUGGAAUUGUGCUAACCACCAAUGAAGAAUUACACAUGUGGGUCCUGACAGGCAAGUAACAGGCCUUGUGGUGCACCCCAGUCAUUGGUUGUAGCAGGCAUGGGAGUGGAGGACUUGGCCAGCAUCCCGCAGGAGGCCAAGAGUAAUGGAAGUGGACCCGUGACACCCCCACCCCCUGGCAGCACACACAACACUGGCCAGAAAGGAAGCACAGAAGACACACCAGUUAGUGGCGUCCCCAGUGGUGCCGUGUGCCUGACGUGUGGGAGUCCUGGCGCCUGUGUCAGUGUGUACAGCCGAGUGGACAACGUGGAGCCGCUGCUCAGCCUGCUGGGCCACACCCUGCGGCGGCCGGCAGGGGAUAUUGCCCUGCACAGUGACGUGGUGUGUGGCCGCUGCCAUGCACACUUCAGGCUCAUGCACCGCCUCAUGUCCCGGCUGGCCCGGCUGGCCCGGCAGACAACGCUUGGAUUUAACCGCACUGCUCGCUGGUUCACCAGGCAGCAGCAGCAGCAGCAGCAGCAGCAGCAGCAGCUGGAGGAGGAGGAGGAGAAGUGCCUGUUAGUGGUGGAUGGGGCUGGAGUGGAUGGCAGUGCAGGUGGCAUCGUGGGUCGGGCACUGGCCAUGGCAGGCAGUGCUGGUGCCAGGCAGGCCAGGCCGGGGCGUGGCAGCAGUGCAGAGCGCAGGUUUGAGUGUCCUGUGUGCAGCAAGAAGUUUGUGGCAUACAGCCACCGCGUGGAGCACAUGCUGGUGCACACUGGGGAACGUGCCUUCCAGUGCGGCGACUGUGGUUUCCAAGCGUCUACCAAGUCCAACCUGGCACGGCACCGGCAGCGCCACAGCCAGGAGAGCCGCUGCCACCUGUGUGGCAAGACCCUGGCCAACAAAUUCUCCCUCAAGGAGCACCUGCGGACGCACAGCGAGGAGCGGCCCCACCGCUGUGGCCAGUGUGGCAAGGCCUUCCUGCGUCGCCGAGAGCUGCGCGUGCAUGAGCGUGGGCAUGGCGUGGGCGAAGCACCGUGCCACGAAUGCCCUGAGUGCCACAAGACCUUUGCGCUGCGCUCCCGCCUGGCACGCCACUCACUGGUGCACCGCCAGGACAAGCAGUUUGUGUGUGGCGUCUGCAAGAAGGAGUUUUCACGCAAGGAUGACCUAAAGUGCCAUGAGCGCGUCCACACCGGGGAGAAACCGUACUCCUGCCACCACUGUGGCCGUGCCUUCCGCUACGCCUCAAACUGCCGCAGCCACAUGCGCAUGCACCAGCGCUUGGGCCUUGCCUGCCGCCACUGCAACAUGACCUUCCCCACGCAGGGCAAGUAUGCCACACAUCUCAAGUCACGCAACCACCGCCGACGGUGUGAGGCAGAGGAGGCGGAGGCAGUGGAGGAGGAGGUGGAUGAGGGCAUGACAGGAGUGGUGGAUGUGCCUGAGGUGAGCUGUGGUGUGUGUGGCAUGGCCUUCGAGACCCUGGACCAGUUGUCGGCGCACACCCUGGCCUCGCACAUCACCACUCCAAUGCUGCCUGAUGCUGCAGACACCAGCAUCAUCAUCUCUGGCAUGGGUGUGGACGGUGGUGACCGGGUGGUGUCUUUCAGCCAGCUGGAGGGUGUGAGUGUGGUGGUAGAGGUGGAUAGGGAUGCAACACCCUUACCCAUGCCUCUCCCUCACCCCUCCCCACCCUCCACGGCCCUUCUAGCCAGCGAUGAGGAGCCCCCUCCUCCCUCCCCAGCACUCCUGCCCUUUACUCAGGUGGGAGAGGGAGUAGGGGGCACCAUCUUGGCUUCUCUGGCAGAUGGUGAUGAGAUGGUAGUGUGUACAAGGGAAGAGGAGGAGAUGGGAGCUGGUCACCAUGCUAUCACUGCACCCAUCACCACAGCUGUCACCACAGCUGUCACUGCAGCUGUGACUGCCACCACCACAACCUACAGCAACACCAGCACCAUCACCACCACAGUUUCACCACCACUACAGCAACAGACGGUCACCAUUCUCAACCCUGUUUUUAAGCUUGCUGACUGGGAUCCAAAUGAGUGAGUGAGUGAGUGUGUAUGUGUGUGUGUGUAUCAAUGGUAUUGAUACACACACAGUGUGUUUCUCAGUGGUAUUGAGAAAUGCUUUGCUUUCUCACCAUGACUAUUUUCAAAGGCCACAGAGAUAAUUAGCUUGGGUUCUCAAGAGUUUCUCCUGUUAACAAUGUGGAAUUCUUGUUAAUCUGUCUCCAAGAUCAUAAAAACAUCCUUAAAAAAUAGUCUUUUCAAAGUAGUGGAGAUUUGCAAGAGUAUUUCUCCUGCUAAUAAUGUAGAAUUUUUGUCAGUCUAUCUCUAGAACCAUGAAAAACAUCCUUAAAAACCUGUGAACUUCACCUUAACUAUUUUCAAAGGCCACAGAGAUGAUUAGCUGGGUUCUCAAAACUGUUUAUCUUAUUCAUAAUGUUGAAAUCUUGCUAGUCUGUCUCUAGAACUAUAAAACACCCUUAUAAACCUAUUUAACUUUAACAAGAGCCUCUUGGAAGUAGCGGAAGGAUGGACAGAAGUGUUUCGGAAUAUGGGAUUAUCUCCUUACAUCCACUCACAAUUUUACUCCUUCACCACACAUACCUCCUCUGCCUGCAAAUUGAGGUCUUGAACUAAGGUGGUCAGGCUGGUGGUCCAUGUGUGAGUGGCUUAUUGUUGGCUGUGCUUGGUCUUUCAUGGGUAUUUCAUGUGUGAUUCAUUAGGAUCACUAGUACGUCGGCAGCUGUGGUGUGCCUCAGCUUCUGGGGUGUAGUAGGGCAGUCCAUGAGACCUGUCCCUUUCCACCAGGGGUCGACAGGGCCAAGAGUGUGAAUGAUGGGUGUGUGUGUGUGUGGUGUCUUGUCUGUGCCGCCCCGUGAGGAAGGUAUGGAGGUAGAUAGUAUGACGCAAUCAUCAGUCAUCAUAAAUAUUGCACAGUUCAGUGAAGUAAUGCAGACCUUAUUUUUAUAUUAUUUAUAGCAGUGGUUGCAUAUGUAUCUAUAAUCUAUAAUAACCUAUUUUUAUAUUACACUAAACUUUAAAAAAUUUCCAGAUA